AUAGAAUACUGUUUUUUCAGGUUUAGUAAAAUGGACAAGAUAUUGGAAAACGGAUCUCCGGGAAUGAAGGUGGGUCGGGUCAUGACUCAGGUUUUCGUUCUGAUUUCCCUUCUUCAAGGUGUUCGUUCCACAACGUCACGAAACAAUUUAAACGUCACAAACCCGGGACAAAAACACCCAUCUCCCCCGGUUACGCUUAGGAAAGUUGGUCAUAACCAAGUGGUCGUUGAUAACGGUAUCAUCCAAGUUAGCUUCUCGAGUCCGGCAGGCUUAAUAACUGGAAUCAAGUACAAUGGCUUUAACAAUGUGUUGAACGACCAAAUUGAGAAUCGCGGAUAUAUCAUUCGAAGUGGUGUGUCCGGAGUCUACAUGUACGCUGUGUUAGAGAGAUUAAAAGGUUGGCCAGACGUGAACAUGGACCAAACCAGAAUCGUCUUCAAGCUUAACACAACAAAAUUCGAUUUCAUGGCUAUAUCUGAUGGUCGGCAGAAAAUUAUGCCUUCUGAAGCAGAUCGAGAUAUCAAAACUCGUCGUGCUAGUCCAUUGGCUUACAAAGAAGCUGUUCAUUUGAUAAAUCCCCAAAAUCAUAUACUUAAAGGGCAGGUAGACGAUAAGUACAUGUACUCGAUGGAAAACAAAGACAACAAAGUACACGGUUGGAUAUCGUCGGACCAACGUGUUGGGUUUUGGAUGAUUACUCCCAGCGAUGAGUUUCGUUCAUGUGGGCCCAUCAAACAAGAUCUCACUUCUCAUGUGGGACCCACCAUUCUUUCAAUGUUUACAAGUGUACAUUACGCGGGAGUAGAUAUUAACACAAUUUAUAAAAGCAAGGAGCCGUGGAGGAAGAUGUUCGGUCCUGUCUUUGUUUAUCUCAAUUCUGCCUCUUCUCGUAAUCUUCUCUGGACCGAUGCUAAACGACAGAUGGUUUCCGAGGUCCAAAGUUGGCCUUAUGAUUUCGUGAAGUCAGUAGAUUACCCUCUUCAUCACCAAAGAGGAAUAGUCAAGGGUCGAAUCUUUGUCAUGGAGAGAUACAACAAAACCGAAACGAACAUAUUCGGGAAAUUUGCUUUUGUGGGAUUAGCAUUACCUGGUGAAGCUGGUUCAUGGCAAACCGAAAACAAGGGAUAUCAAUUUUGGACACGAGCAGACAGAGUAGGGAUGUUCACAAUAGCGAAUGUUAGACCAGGGAAAUAUAGUCUCUACGCAUGGGUUUCUGGGUUUAUCGGUGACUAUAAAUAUGAGCGUGACAUUACCAUCACACCAGGUAGGGUGAUAGACGUAGGACGCAUAGUGUACGAGCCACCGAGAAAUGGUCCGACUCUGUGGGAGAUCGGAGAACCAGACCGAACCGCCGCAGAAUUCUAUAUCCCAGAUCCGGACCCAACCCUUUUGACCAAACUCUAUCUAAAUUACUCAAAUCCUCAAGACAGAUUUAGACAAUAUGGUCUAUGGGAUCGUUACAGUGUUUUGUAUCCUCGAAACGAUCUUAUUUUUACUACUGGAGUGAGUGACUUUAAAAAAGACUGGUUCUAUGCCCAUGUCAACAGGAAAGCUGGAAAAGGGACAUAUAAAGCAACGACAUGGCAAAUUAAGUUUAAUUUAAAAGCAGUGAUUCAAACUAGAAUCUACACACUUCGAAUAGCUUUGGCUGCAGCCACAACUACUGAUCUAGUGGUUUGGGUCAACCAAGCUAAUUCCAAACCCCUAUUCAUAACUGGGCUAAUAGGUCGGGAUAACGCGAUCGCGAGGCAUGGGAUUCAUGGGUUGUACAAAUUGUACAAUAUCGAUGUUCAUGGACAGUUACUUAGGGUUGGAGAGAAAGAACAGAGCGUAGAGGCGUUUGGAUGGGCCGCGAGAGACUCCUCAGGCCAUCUCUCUCCCUUUGUCUUUUCUAGAAGGAAAACAGGAGAGGAGGAAGUGAGAGUGAAGGUGUUAUAUUGUGGAAUAUGUCAUAGUGAUCUCCAUUGUCUCAAGAACGAAUGGCAUUCCUCUACUUACCCUUUGGUUCCUGGUCACGAGAUUGUUGGAGAAGUGAGUGAGAUAGGGAGCAAAGUAAGUAAAUUCAAUCUUGGAGACAAAGUCGGUGUUGGAUGCAUAGUAGAUUCAUGCCGCACUUGCGAAAGUUGCCGUGAAGAUCAAGAGAACUACUGCACUCAAGCAGUCGCAACCUAUAACGGAGUUCACCAUGACGGAACGAUUAAUUACGGUGGAUACUCCGACCACAUCGUCGUUGAUGAACGUUACGCCGUCAAAAUUCCACACACAUUGCCUCUAGCUUCAGCCGCACCUUUGCUUUGUGCAGGCAUCUCGAUGUACAGUCCUAUGAAGUACUUCGGAUUGGCCGGACCGGAUAAACAUAUUGGAAUCGUGGGGCUAGGUGGUCUUGGACACAUUGGGGUGAGAUUUGCUAAAGCAUUUGGGACUAAAGUCACGGUGAUUAGCUCGACCACUGGGAAAUCUAAGGAUGCUCUUGAAACUCUUGGAGCUGAUGGAUUCUUGGUUAGUACUGAUGAAGACCAAAUGAAGGCUGCAACGGGAACUAUGGAUGGCAUAAUUGAUACAGUUUCUGCAUCGCAUUCGAUUUCACCUUUAAUUGGACUACUCAAAUCCAACGGUAAACUUGUUCUACUCGGGGCAACGGAGAAGCCAUUUGAUAUAUCUGCAUUUUCCUUAAUAUUGGGACGAAAAUCGAUAGCGGGAAGUGGUAUUGGAGGAAUGCAAGAGACACAAGAGAUGAUUGAUUUUGCGGCUGAGCAUGGCGUAACAGCAGAAAUUGAGAUCAUAUCCAUGGAUUAUGUGAACACUGCCAUAGAUAGACUUGCGAAAGGGGAUGUUAGAUAUCGAUUUGUCAUCGACAUAGCUAACACACUGGCUGCUACUCGAUCUUAAUUAAAGUCGAAGUUCUAUACGUAUUCAAAAUAGUCUGGAUUUCAAUCCCACGGAACUGAAGGAUAUACAGUCUGUUUUAUAUAAAUGGAGUAUAAAUCAAAUAAAUGUAA